AUGUUCGACAUUCGCGCCAAGGCUAUCCACUCCUUCGGCUCGGCUCCCCGCAACUUCCUCUCGUACCAGCCUCAGGGACGGUUGGUCCUCUCCGCUGGUUUCGGAAACCUCGCGGGAGGAAUUGACGUUUGGGAGGUCAGCACGCGCAAGAAGGUCGCUGAGUUCACGGCUUCCAACAGCUCGCACUGCGAGUGGUCGCCCUGUGGUCGCUACAUCAUGACUGCUACUCUGUCGCCCCGACUCCGUGUCGACAACGGUGUGAAGAUCUGGUGGUGUGGCGGUCAGCUCCUGCACGUCCAGAACACCGACGACCUUUACGCUGCUAGCUUCCGCCCGGGUCGCGUCGAAGACACCCCUCCUUUCCCUGCUGUUGUGCCCAAGGCUCCCGAGGCCAACGCGUCUAUCAGCCUCUACAAGCCGAAGGGCGGAGAUUCGAACGGUGCCGCCUCCAAGCCCGUUGGUGCCUACCGUCCCCCGGGAGCGCGUGGAAUGGGAGCUUCCGACGCUUACCGCCGAGACGACGACGCCCCUUCGAGCGGUGCUUCGACGCCCACCUUCAAGGGCGGCAAGCCCGCUGCUCGCUACAUUCCCGGCGCCGCGAUCCCCGGCGCUGCUGCUGUCCCGGGAGCUGCCGCUGGAGGAGAGAAGAAGAAGCGCCAGCGUACGAAGAACAAGAAGGCGGACGUUGACGGCGCGACCGAGGCUGUGGCCAAGGCUUCGAUCGACGAGAAGCCCAAGGCUGCUGCUGCCCCUGCUAACGACGAGGACGCCACGGCCAAGAAGAUCAGGAAUCUUACGAAGAAGCUCAAGGCCAUCGACGAGCUCAAGGCCCGUGUCGCUAAGGGCGAGGUCCUCGAGAAGACGCAGGUCCAGAAGAUCGAGACCGAGGGCUCGGUCCGCGCUGAGAUCCGCGCCCUUGGCGGUGACGCUUAA